AUGUAUUGUGUAAAAAAUGCUUAUUUAUGUGGACCUAUUCGAAUUGGUGUUUAUGAUUUACUUAUUGCUUUACAUUUUGAAACACAUAUUAAAGCGAGAAGUUUAACUUCAACAGAAUUUAUUAUUCCAUUAUCGGACGCAUUUCGAAAUAGUGUUCUAUUACAUUCAAAAAAUUCAAUUGAACAACAACAAAUAUCGACAACAUCAAAAUAUAUACCAGCUAUGGAACAGUUUUUAGCUGUACGACCUAAAUUAAUCAAAGAUGAAGAGUAUGUCAAUGCUUUUUAUCUAACGAGGAAAUUAUCCGAACUAUAA